CUAGCAGCCCAUCGUCUCGUAUUCGAGUGUCGACACCUGGGAUGGCGUGGUGCAUUUCGAGGAGAGUGCGUUUAAACUCGGAUCUUUCUUCCAUUUUGUAAAUUUAUCUGGUUUUCCUGUAACGGUUCCUGGGUACAGUGCAUCAAGAUCGUGUGGUUUUCAAAUUUUGGUGCUACGAAUUCUCUCGCUUUAAAACACGGACUUUUCAAAUUUGGAGAAAUCCCGUGCUUUGCUUAUCUUGUUUCCAACUUUCAUUUGGUCUCUUCACCGUUGGAAUUGUUUGAGUACUGUUGGAAGAUAUGGUUUUGCGCGGAGUCUGGUAGAUUUUCUGUCGCUUUCUCUCGCGCUUGAGCAAUUUGGAAUUGAAGGCUUAUCCGGAAGUUGUUUUCCUAGCGAUUCUUGGAAUCGGGAUUGCUGUUUUGGAAGCAGUGAGGGCGGAGGACGUGAGACCAGUGAGCUCUGGAAAAACUGAAGCUGAUGAAUCUUCUUGCAGUUCUGGCAUCUGGGUCUGGCACUGUUCCUUGUUCUCAGUGAUGGGUUGCGUUUAUUCGAGGGUUUGUAUCGGCGAGGUUACUACUCCGAGAAUCAAAGGUACCCAAAAUGCGAGCACGGGGGAGAUCGGCGUGUUCUCUCCGGCCUCUUCCGACGACGGCGAAGGGGCCGAAAUUAGGGACCGGUUCAACCAAUUGGACCACAACAGAGACCCCGAGUUGGGCGUCACCAGGCUCUCUAGGGUUUCGGCUCAGUUCCUACCGCCAGAUGGGUCGAGAACCGUGAAGGUUCCCGCAGGGAACUACGAAUUACGGUAUUCCUUUUUGUCUCAAAGAGGGUAUUACCCUGAUGCUCUUGAUAAGGCUAACCAGGACAGCUUUUGCAUUCACACACCGUUUGGUACUAACCCGGACGACCAUUUCUUUGGGGUCUUUGAUGGCCAUGGCGAAUUCGGAGCUCAGUGUUCGCAGUUUGUGAAGCGAAAGUUAUGUGAGAAUUUGCUUCGUAACAGUAAAUUUAAUGUUGAUGCUGUUGAGGCAUGUCAUGGUGCCUUUUUAACGACGAAUUCGCAACUACAUGCUGAUAGUUUGGAUGAUAGUAUGAGUGGAACCACUGCAAUUACUGUACUUGUUCGUGGUAGGACUAUAUAUGUAGCGAAUUCUGGUGAUUCCAGAGCGGUUAUUGCGGAGAGGAGAGGGAAGGAUAUUGCGGCCGUAGACCUUUCGAUUGAUCAGACGCCAUUCCGAGCGGAUGAGCUUGAAAGAGUUAGGCUUUGUGGUGCCAGAGUGCUUACACUGGAUCAGAUCGAGGGGUUGAAGAACCCGAAUGUGCAGUGUUGGGGCACCGAAGAAGGUGAUGAUGGCGAUCCACCGAGAUUGUGGGUGCCAAAUGGGAUGUAUCCCGGCACGGCUUUUACACGCAGUAUUGGUGAUUCGAUUGCUGAGUCAAUUGGGGUUGUUGCUACCCCUGAAAUUGUUGUUUUGGAGCUCACACCGGAUCAUCCUUUCUUAGUGAUUGCAAGCGAUGGGGUAUUCGAGUUUCUAUCUAGCCAAACCGUGGUUGACAUGGUUACAAAAUUUAAGGAUCCCCGUGAUGCUUGUGCUGCAAUUGUUGCAGAAUCUUAUAGACUUUGGCUGCAGUAUGAAACCCGUACAGAUGAUAUUACCGUGAUUGUUGUGCAUAUUAAUGGAUUAACUGACACUGCUGGGGGUCAAUCAGCAACUCAUGGUGCAUUUUUACGCCCCCCAGUUCCUCAUGUUAUAGAGAUGACAGGAUCAGAGUCUCCUUCGACCUUUAGCUGGAACUCUAAGAACCAUCGUGUAAGGCAUGAUUUAUCACGGGCACGUCUCCGUGCCAUUGAAAGUUCCCUGGAGAAUGGGCAAAUUUGGGUUCCUCCGCCUCCGGCCCACAGGAAGUCUUGGGAAGAAGAAGCACACAUUGAACGGGCACUCCAUGACCACUUCCUCUUCAGAAAACUUACUGACACCCAGUGUCAUGUGUUGUUGGAUUGUAUGCAAAGAGUUGAGGUCGAGCCAGGGGAAGUUGUAGUUAAACAGGGUGGUGAAGGUGACUGCUUUUAUGUUGUUGGCAGUGGAGAAUUCGAGGUCUUGGCAACCCAGGAAGAACAAAAUGGUGAGGUCCCAAGGGUUCUGCAGCGCUAUACAGCUGAAAGGUUAUCAUCCUUCGGGGAGCUGGCUUUAAUGUAUAACAAACCACUCCAGGCCUCUGUUCGUUCUGUAACGAGUGGAACUCUCUGGGCUUUAAAGAGAGAGGAUUUUCGAGGAAUUUUAAUGUCAGAGUUCUCUAAUUUGUCAUCCUUGAAGUUGCUUCGAUCAGUAGAUCUUCUUUCAAGAUUGACAAUCUUACAGCUGAGUCACAUUGCAGAUUCCCUUUCUGAAGUUUCCUUCUCAGAUGGGCAGACAAUAGUUGACAAAAAUGAAGGCCUUUCUGCAUUGUACAUUAUCCAGAAGGGACAUGUGAGAAUUACUUUUGAUUCCGAUUUAUUGAGGAAUCCAAAUGUUUCCAGCCUCAUGUCUGACAAUCUAAAAGAUAGUGAUAAUCCCCAGAGCAGUCCAGAGCUCUCAGUGGAGAAAAUAGAGGGAAGCUAUUUUGGUGAAUGGGCCCUUAUUGGUGAAUAUAUAGGUUCCUUGAGAGCAGUUGCUAUGGGCAAUGUUAUAUGUGCCCUUUUAACGAAGGAAAAUUUUGAUUCAGUUGUUGGCCCUUUAACCAAGCUUUCUGAGGAUGAACACAAGUCAAGGAACUAUUCCUCUGAUUUUCCCAAGGACUUUGCCAAGAGUAUUGAUGUUUCAGCUUUUGCUAAAAUUCAGCUCUCUGAUUUGGAAUGGAGGAGGUGUCUAUGUUCCACUGAUUGCAGUGAGAUUGGGCUUGUACUGUUAAGAGACUCAGAAAAUCUGCUUAGUUUGAAGAGAUUUGCAAAGCAGAAGGUCAAAGGUCUGGGAAAGGAAGCACAGGUCUUAAAAGAGAAAAACCUGAUGAAGAGUUUGAGUCCUUCAGCUUGUGUACCUCAGGUUCUGUGUACUUGUGCCAAUCAAGUUCAUGCUGGCAUACUUCUAAAUACAUGCCUUGCUUGCCCUUUGGCUUCCAUACUUCACACCCCACUCAAUGAACCAUCUGCACUAUUCUUUGCUGCCUCUCUCAUUUCUGCCUUAGAAAAUCUACACAAGAAUGGUGUUCUUUACAGAGGUGUAUCCCCUGAUGUUUUAAUGUUGGAUCAAACAGGAUAUAUACAGCUAGUGGACUUCAGAUUUGGGAAGAAGUUACACGGCGAGAGGACAUUUACAAUUUGUGGGAUGGCAGAUUCUUUAGCUCCAGAGAUAGUCCAGGGAAAAGGCCAUGGUUUACCUGCUGAUUGGUGGGCGUUAGGAGUCUUGGUAUAUUUCAUGCUACAAGGUGAAAUGCCAUUUGGGUCAUGGAGAGAAAGCGAGCUUGAUACGUUUGCUAAGAUUGCUAAAGGACAGCUAAAUCUUUCAGAGAGUUUAAGCCCUGAAGCUGUUGAUCUCCUCACCAAGUUACUUGAAGUUGAUGAAAACACAAGACUUGGAAGCCAAGGUCCUAAUUCUGUCAAAUGCCAUCCGUGGUUUAAUGGUAUUGACUGGGAAGGGAUUAUGAAUCAUAGCUUUCCUGUUCCUCAAGAGAUCACCUCCCGAAUAGCGCAACAUUUAGAAGGUUAUUCUGAGGAAUGCAGUACUCUAGUUUCCUUUUCUCAGACUGUAGACGAACCCAACGUUCCUGAAUGGCUUGAUGACUGGUAGAAGAAUGAUCAUCUUGGGUUUCAAAUUCUUUUAAACCUUUUGUGAUUGAAGUCCUACUUUCUCAAAUGAGAUUGACUAGUCGCUUAUUUGAAGGAUUAGAAUGCUGACAUGCUGAGUUGAUGGAGAAGAUCAAGUUUCUUGUGUAAAUUUGGUCACACUCCCUUAUAUAUGUUUCAUUUUGGUAAUAUCUUUUCAUGAUAGAAUUGGUAGAAUAUUCCUUUAGGAUGUUUGCUCUGCCACCUAAUUGGCCAUUUAACCAGCUCGGAGGAGAGGUCAGUUAAUAGAUUGUUAUUUAUCACUUUUAUUUAUUUAUUGUUUUCUGAAAUUUCCCUAAUGUAAAUGCAUAUAUAUAUGUAAAUGAAUGAGGUUUCCCUUCCCUUUUCACAAUGAGAUUCUAGCUUUUUAGCCUAAA